UGGAGAGGCGCAGCACCGCUGCCGGUUGUUAUGGAGACGGGCUACUACAACCACUAGAAAGGAUUCUCGGUUUCAUCCGGGAGGACUGCUCUCUACAUUAUGCGGAUUGGUUUAUACAUAUUGAUCUAGCUGACAGUUCACCUUCUCUUUGCUGCUUUAAUUGGGUGUAGUAAAAAAGCCGCGUACCUUGGGCGCUUGCUGGCCUUCUUGCCAUCCGUUGCAGGAAAAGACUGCGUUUGCCGAAAAAAUAAAGAAGAUAUCGAGAAUGACCGAGUAUGACUGGGAUAAGAAAAAUACUUCAGCUUCAAAAUCAGACACAGAAAUGAAGCCUGAAAAACUGCCUCCUUGUGUGAACCCUGGCAAUCCUGUGUUUUCAUGUAUGUUGGACCCAAAGACACUCCAUACAGCUACCUCACUGUCAGAACCUAAGAUGAUUAUGUAUAAAACCAUUUCAAGUAGUUAUGGUGAAUUUUUACCGAUUCCACAGUUUUUUCCCUGCAAUUAUACUCCAAAAGAGCAAGUAUUUUCAAGCCAUAUCAGAGCUACUGGAUUUUAUCAAAAUAACACUCUGAACACUGCACCUGACAGAACCAGAACCCUUGAUUUUCCUAAUUUUCAACAUACUCUAUGAAAAUAUAUUCCUUUGUAUAUUUAAGAGAAAAUAUACUCAGAAAAAAAAAUGAGUUUUAAUUCUAUGGCUAGAAUACCUGAUUUGGAAUAUAAAAAUAUUUGAAUUAAUUGAAAAAAAAUACCUUUAAGAAAUAAAGCAUUUCAACUAAU